GUUGUGAAUUUCCAUGAAUUUCUAUCUAUAGAUUUUCUUAUUUUCAUUUAAAAGAUAUUCAAGUUCUCUCUAUUUUAUAUUAUUUUUAGUUCGAUUCGUGAAAGCAUUAAACAUUUUCGCUACUUUUAUCACAAACACAAUGGAUUUAGUAAGUGAUACUACAUUGAGUACUACAUCAAACAGUGCAGAUGAAUGUGAAGAUGAAGUGGAUCCCAUUCACGAUAUCAUUGAUUACUUAAUUCGGUGCGCAAACAUAUCCUUCAGGAAUGCUCAUAUAGACGAAGCUCAAGUGCGCACUAGCGAAAAGAAACACAUGGCUCUCGACAUCUACAAAAAAUCGAUCUCAUACUUUCUGUUACAAUUCGGUAAAUAUUUAGCUCCACAACAUUUACAAUAUUUUGAGAAACUACCCAUCUCCAAUGAUAUUGAAGGUGAAAAACUUAAAAACUGUGUGAAAGAAUUAAAACGAUAUCACUCUGAAGAUGUAAAGCGAAAGAGAAUACGAAACAGGCGCUACCAAGCUUGCCUAAAACUUCAAGAGGACUCAGACUAUUUUAGUGAAAAGGAAAUGAUGUUCCGUAACCCUUUAUUGUAUGAACAGCUAGUGGGGCAGUACCUCACUGAUGAAGAGAUCAGAGAGAGAGAUGGGGCUGAUGCAGAGAACCUCACAUUUCUCAACAUGAUUCUGGAAACGGUUGACCGUAAUGAAAUGAGGCAGACUAAAAAUGAACAGAUGUUAAAUGAAGAUGAGGAAUUAGGAGAUACUCAGCCUGAUGACUUGAAUAUCCCUAAAGCUCCUACUAGGUGGGGAGAGUUUGAAACACCAGAUACACAAGUCACAGCUAAACCUGAGAAGAGAAAACAAAACUGCAUCAGUGCUCCGGAGAGACAACUCCUACGUCAAGAGUUUUUACAGGAAAUGUACAACAGCUUCAUAGAUGGCAGAGAUGUAGACAUAGACUACACCAGCAUAGACAACAAUGAACAAUAUGAUGAUCUGAAACAGUUGUCACAAGAUGCUGAAGAUAAAUACUUUGAUUCUGAGACCACUGAUGUAGACAACUUGGAAGAACAUAUGAAGCUGGUAGAAGUAUAUGGGAAGAAGAGCAGCGGUGAUGGUGCUGAUGAUACUCUAGAUAUAUUUAUGGAUCACUUAAAUAAAAGACAUGUAAACUGUUAAUAAUUGCUUUUUUAUU